AGACUAGAGAAAGAAAGAGAAAAUAGCAAUAGAAAACGAAAAGGAAAAAAAAAAAAAACCCACAGUUCUAGUUUGUUCAAUCAACACGCACUGAUUGAGAAAAACUCACCCCUUUUUCUUUUCUAUUUUUUUUUUUUGGUUCCCAUCUCUCUCACACUUCAAUUAUCUAUAGCUUCAUCGCUCUGUUUCUUCACUGUCUCUCCAUAUAUUGCCCACAAAAAAACAAAGAGAGGAGGGAAGGUUGAGGAACCUUCAAUACAAGCAAGACCCAGUAUAUAAAUCUGUGUAGAACUGUUAGUUUGCAGAUCUAUAGAUCUGAGACUUUCAACACCAUAUAGAUUGCUCAAUUUCUUUCAGAUCGCUGUCGUUUUGGUUUGGUUUGGUUCAGUAGCUGCACAAGAAACCGCCUAAUCAUACAUAUUAUUGGUGGUCAGCUAGGGAGGAGGCUUGUGGUAAGACUUUUUGAUUGGUGUGUUCAUUGCAUCCAUCUUGGAUGUUGAGGCAUUAGUGGUAGGUCUUGGUGAGAUGAGGGAUGUUAUCAAGGUUGAUAAACUUUUUGAGGGCCUGUUGGCGGUCCUCAUCGGACCGUUAUGUGCACACAUGUUCAGACGCAGCUGGAAGACAAGACGGGCUCCUUUGGUACAAAGACAUCGGGCAGCACUUGAAUGGUGAAUUCUCAAUGGCCGUUGUUCAGGCCAACACUUUGCUUGAGGACCAGAGUCAGAUUGAAUCAGGUUACUUAGGCUUGCUCGAUUCUGGCCCAUAUGGAACAUUUGUUGGAAUAUAUGAUGGUCAUGGUGGGCCUGAGACAUCACGCUAUGUCAAUGAUCACCUUUUCCAUAAUCUAAAGAGGUUUACAGCCGACCAACAGUCAAUGUCAGUGGAUGUGAUAAGGAAAGCGUUUCAAGCAACAGAAGAAGGGUUUCUCUCUCUUGUUACUAAACAGUGGCCUACUAAACCCCAGAUUGCAGCUGUUGGAUCUUGCUGCCUGGUUGGGGUGAUCUGUGGUGGGACUCUUUACAUUGCGAACCUUGGUGAUUCUCGUGCGGUUUUGGGAAGGCUUGUCCAGGCAACUGGAGAAGUUCUUGCCAUCCAGCUCUCGACAGAGCAUAAUGCGAGCAUAGAGUCCAUCAGACAGGAGUUGCGAUCUUUGCAUCCGGAUGACUCACAGAUUGUAGUUUUAAAGCAUAAUGUAUGGCGUGUAAAGGGACUGAUACAGAUUUCUAGAUCAAUUGGUGAUGUUUAUCUAAAAAAGGCUGAAUUCAACAGGGAGCCUUUGUAUGCUAAGUUUCGCCUCCGUGAACCUUUUAGAAGGCCAAUAUUAAGCGCUGAACCAUCAAUUUGUGUGCAUGAACUCCAACCAGAUGAUCGAUUUCUCAUAUUUGCUUCUGAUGGAUUAUGGGAGCACCUUAGCAAUCAGGAAGCAGUAGACAUAGUACAAAAUCACCCUUGCAAUGGAAGUGCUCGAAGGCUGGUGAAAGCAGCGCUGCAGGAGGCGGCAAAGAAAAGAGAAAUGAGGUAUUCCGAUUUGAAGAAGAUUGAACGUGGGAUCCGGCGGCAUUUCCACGAUGACAUUACUGUCAUAGUUGUAUUUCUUGAUUUGAAUCUUGUGAGCAGAGCCAGCUCUGUCAAAGGCCCCACCUUGUCGUUGAGAGGGGGCGGUCUAAAUCUACCUGCAAAAACUUUAGCUCCUUGUGCUCCCAGUACGGAACUUGGUACAACUUAAUGAAGUCGGUUGUGUAUCGUUCUUUUGAACAGCUUGUGAGAUUCGUGUUUGAUGGUAGAUUUCAGGAGGGGACAAGAGAGAAGGUUCUUGCUAGAACUAAUUCUUCAAUGUACAAUGUAACAUUUAACUUGAGACAGGUACUUUCAUUGAGUUUCUGAGAAUUUGAGGAAAAGAAAAAUGUAAGAAUCAGGUAAAGAGAACUUUUCUACUUACUGAUUUUCCGAACAUUUUUCGUUGUUCUGUUUCUUUCCUUGAGCUUUUUGUGGUUAUGUAAAUUAUAUGAAAUUACAACCCUGGAAAUCAAAAUCUCUCUUCUUGUGGCAUUAGC